AUGCCCGAAGGUCGCCAGUCCCCUCCCCCCGAAGUCCAGUCCGGCAAGCAGCAGCAGGCUCCCCCCGGCUCAGGCCAGGGCACCGACAACGCUCAGGGCAAGGACCAGACCAACAAGGACCAGCUCGAGCACCUCUCGUCGAACCCCAAGGGGGCCAUGGAGGAUGCUCUGAAGGACAAGACCAAGUAG